GCAUGUCGUCUACGCAUGCGCAGAACGGGUUUGGGACUGACACGUGGUACAAAUCGGGCACGGAUAAGUACGCACAUGCUAGAACGAGCUCUCACUCGACCUGCAGCCCCGCUCUUCAUCAGUCGCACCCUUUCUACUGAAAGCUACACCAUGUCGGACGAAGGAAAAUUGUUCAUCGGAGGACUGAGCUUUGAGACCAACGAGGAGUCUCUGGCCGCGGCCUUCGGCAAAUAUGGAACCAUCGAAAAAGUCGACGUGAUCAGAGACAGAGAGACGGAAAAAUCCCGCGGGUUUGGCUUCGUGAAAUACGACAAUGCAGAAGAUGCCAAAGACGCAAUGGACGGCAUGAACGGCCAGACGCUGGAUGGACGGACGAUUCGUGUGGAUGAAGCCGGAAAGGGAGGACGUUCCGGGAAUUUCUCCGGCGGCUCAAGAGGAACACGUGGUGGAUAUGGCGGCGGCGGUGGACGAGGCGGUGGCUACAACGGAGACAGGAGCUACGGUGACCGGAGUUACGGCGACAGGAGCUCCCACUCUGAAGGCAGGUUUGGAGGCAGCCAGUACAGGAACAGCGGAGGCGGCGGCGGUGGCGGCGGCGGCGGAUACUCGAGCUACAGAGACAACAGGGGUCAGGGCGGAUAUAGCGACCGCGGUGCCUCCUCCUACCGUGAUGGAUACGACGAGUAAAAGGCUCCCCUGAUUCAAGAUCAUCCCUUGGCUGGCUGUGUUUCAAAGAUGCGCUCCUCAAGAAAAAUGUCCACGUGUUAUUGCUGACCAUAGUUUUGUAGUUCUGUUCAAGCAUCUUAAAAAUGUAGCCAUGAUUUUUGGUCAUUCCUUAAUAAACCAUGUUACAAAUUACAA